AUGACAGAAAGAAAAGAGAACAUAGUGAUGUUCCCAUUCAUGGCACAAGGCCAUCUCAUCCCUUUCUUAGCAUUAGCACUUGAGUUAGAAAAGAAAAAUGGAUACACCAUAACCUUUGUGAACACUCGUCUCAACAUCAAGAAACUCCGACCCUCAAUCCCUCUAAACUCAUCCAUUCGCCUCCUUGAAAUCCCAUUCAACAGCUCCGACCACGACCUCCCUCCGGACUCCGAAAACACCGACUCUCUCCCUCUCCCUCUCCUCCUCCACCUCGUCGUCAUCUCUCCCGCUCUGGAGCCCACCUUCCGAGACCUCAUCUCCGGCCUCGUCCUCGAACAUGGCCGCCCACCACUUUGCAUUAUUUCCGACAUGUUCUUCGGAUGGUCUGCCAAAGUUGCUCAUGAAUUCGGUGCAUUUCAUGCUAUAUUCAAUGUUGGUGGGGGCUAUGGCAUGGCUGCCUUUCACUCUUUAUGGCUACACCUUCCUUACAAGAAAAUGAAUUCCGAGGAGUUUCCUAUGUCGAGCUUCCCCAAAGGUCACCAGAUUCACACCAAACAGUUACCAGAACAUUUUCUAGUAGCGGUGCCCGGUGAUUCGUAG